AACAGCCGCAAACUUUUCUUUCCCCGGCGUCUCUUUUCUUCCAAAAACAAAUCACGGUCUCUUUUCCCUUCUCUGACAGCCGACCAUGGGGAGCGGAGCGGUGGCAUCCUGUGUACCAGCCACGGCCAUGUCGCCUUGAUCUCGGUCUGCACCCGUCGCCGCCCCUUCUCCUUUCCCCUCGCCAGCCACUUCUCCCCGCCGCCAAACCAGGCUGACGUAGCACGAGCUCGGGAUUGAAUCGGACCAGACCCGGGUCGCGUCCUCGAGCAGGAGGUCGACGUGAGGGACGAGCCGCCCCGUCGCACUGCUGGCCUGCGGAGGUGGUGCCGCCCCCAUCCCGGAUACCGAGAAUGCCGGGUCCUGGAGUUGCCUGCGAUGGGGGCGUGGAUGGUGGAUCUCGGCGGCCGCGGGGACAGUGGAGGUGGGGGCGAGGGAGGCCGUGCCGCCGGCCAAGAGGAGGCAGGUGGUGGCCGUGCCGUCCUUGAAGACCGCGACGGCGGCGGAGGCCAUCCAGCGGCUCUUCAAGCUGUGCCGCGCCGUAUUCACGGCCCUGGUCCGCGCAUGCUCGGUACCAUAGCUCACCCUGCCGGAAAUGGGAAUGGCCUGCACAAAAUUGAUGUCGUGUAUUUGGUUGAAUCGACUGAAUUUUAAUUAGCUCAUGGUGGUGAUUUUUGCAGACAUGAUGAGGCCACCAGGAAUUCUGUAAGUUCAAACAUGGAACAUACUAGAGUAUUCUGACAUUUAUCAUAGUCACCAGGAAUUCUGCCUAGGCACACACAAAAAGGCUCCACAAAAGUGGCUUUACUGUGAUGAGCCUUGCAGCUCUGAGCAGCUUGCAAACACCAGUAACAGCUGAGGCCAGCACAAUGGAAAAGAGCAGGGCAUUUCUUUGGCUGGAAAAGGGAUGAAAAGAACUGCUUUAAUUUCAGAAAUCAGAAAAUUAAAGCAAGUUUCAGAAAAUUGGCGGGGAAUUGGGGACCGAAUCGGAUUCAGAAAAAGGAAACCGUCCGUGUCUCUAUUUGGAAAUUUGACGCGUCCUCCGUCGCCUGCAAGUCCAUCGCCUAUAAAUAUCAGCACAUCCUCGCCUCCACACCACCUUUCUCUAUCCCAGAUCCCAAUCGCCUGCCCUGCCCUCGAUCGGCAUCAACCCUUCCUAGCUAGAAGCAGCAGCAGAUAGGGCAGCCGCCGGCCAGCUGCAGGAUGGAAGGGCUCGACGUCUUCCAGCACUACCGUCUGAAUCCUACGGAUGUGGACGCCGUGACUUACUACCUCCCACGCCUCAUCGCCGGCCAGCCGCAUGGCGCCGAGAAAUUCAUCCACCACGUCGACAUCUACAGCUGCGAGCCCAAGGAUCUCGCCGCCAAGAUUGCGCCCGUGCCGCAAGCCGCGAGCAGCGGCGACCGCUUCUUCUUCACCACGCGCAAGAGCAAGAACGGAAGCAAAACCCAGAGCGUGCGCACCGCCGGCGGCGGCACCUGGACCGUCAACGCCACCACGGCCGUCAAGCACGCGGGGGUCGAGGUCGGUGAGAGGAAGAACCUGUCCUUCAGGAAGAAGGGCAAGUCCACCGGCUGGGUCAUGGAGGAGUACCGAUGCUUGCUGCCAGAGGCCACUGUCGCCGACGGGGUGAAGGUGUUUUGCAAGAUCCACUUGGCUCAGCAUCCUCCUGACGCGGCCCGUCAAGAAUCGGCCGCGUACAUGCUUCAAGAACCGCAACGAGAGCCCGUGACUGUGAGCACGCACGCACAGAAGAGGCCAGCAACGGCUGCCACCGCCGAUCCUCAUCCGUCGCGCCCGAACAAGAGGAUGCGAGGAGCAGUCCCCGUCCCGGCACCUGCCACACCGUCGUUCUUGAUGUAUGAUGAGGCAGCCAGAGCAAUGUAUGGCCCGCUGGCUCGUACCAACUUCCCUGUUCAGGAUGCUGUGGCUGUACCAGUGGCAAUCGAAGGUGCUUCAGCAUCAUGCGAGUUCACUACAACAUCCUACCACUCGGACGUCGCUUCUUCCUCACAUGAUAUGCAGCGACAAGCUCAAGCUCCUGCUAUUUCGUCUCAGUCAGAUGUGCUGGAGUCUGUCAAGCAUUACAGCCAACAACAGAUGAUUGUUCCUGAGGCUGGCUCAAGCAUUGCAAGGAGCACAUCUGAAGAGGAUGUCUUUGAGCCAUUGGAGCCUGUUUCCAAUUUGCUGGAUGAGGAGGCAGAUGGUUUUGACCUUGAAGAACUAAUGAGAAUGAUGGAAGACGACCCAACUGAAGUUGAGCCGGUCACUGGAGCCAGCACUGGCGUGGAGAUGGGCCAACAGGAACCUCUGUACCUGGAUACCUUGGACCAAGGCAGGCUGGAGGACAUGCUGCAGUCCGAUUGCCCUUACCCAAUGUGGUGGAGAUCAGAGGACGGGGCCAUGCACAACCCAGCCUCCCAUGAUGCUGACAAGGAGAAGAGGUACAAUGCCGCGUCGGAUCUUGACGCUCCAUCGCUUCAGGGACACGACCACUUGUUCAAACCGCGGCCGUGCUUCUUCGAUCCAUUUGAAGCAGCGUUGAAGGCCGAAGAGGCGCUCGAGAAGGAGAAGAGGGACAAUCUUCACGCUGGACCGCUUGGAGGGCACAACAACUUCUUCUCGUCUGCAAGUGUCCAUUAAGUCCGAUGUUGAAAUUGUUUUCAAAGUGUAUAUGAGGAUACUCGUUGGCUGAUAUGUUAGUUCGUCCUUGUACGAUCGCCACAGAUGUACCUCUGAGCAAUUUGCUCCACUUGUUCAUGCAAGCUAAAACUGUUGUUGUUCUUCUUUUUGCUCCUGUGAUGGAUUUUUUUCUUCUGAA